GGCUUGGAAUAAGAGGAGCUCAAUAAUGCCUACUCUGAUACCUCCCGCCCCCGGACUGACUAUUUCGAGAAAAAUACCCAAGCGUUUUUAAAUAUUUUCCUUUCGAGUACAAAUUGAAUUGUAGCGGAAUUUUCACUUUACCCAAUUGCCUUCCCGAAGGAAGCUUCCUGUCUUUCGUAUUUUCCAACAAAACCCAGAAAAUGGAAAGCAAGGGUUCAAAUGAUGACGACAACGCCACCAUCAGCGACGUUUCCGUCGAAGUAAAUCCUUCUAAUUCUUCCCCAACCCCAGACUCUCAAUCUAACAAUGAUCCCAGCGAUAAUGACAGCACCGAAGCUUUAGCCAAAGCUUUAUCCUCGAUGCUUACCUCUCUCAUCAAAGACUUCGAUUCCAAAGCCCACGACACUCUCACCAGCCAAGACCUCCUUAGUUCCUCAAUUGAUCGUCUUACUCGAGAGCUUGAUCAAUUGCUGGAAGAUGCUCCGUUGCCAUUCAUAAUGCAACAUGCUGCCAAGUUUUCUAAUGUUAGAAAGAGAGUUUUCUCAUUGAAUUUGCUUUUGAAAUCCAUUCAGCGGCGUAUUGAUAAUAUAGACCGGAUGCUAUCAAUGGGCUUGCAACAUGUGGGACAGGGAAACUGCCGCAUAGUUGAGGGUUUUAAAAUGAGGUCCUUCCAUCUUGGAUUUGGGGAAGAGGGGAUUCGAAUGGACCAACUAGUGAGCCAAAUGUUUUGGUGCUAGGUCCUUACAUCCCAGAAAUUCCAAUUUCCAUGUUUUCUUUAUGUGAUUCUUGACCACCACUACCAGUUUUAAGCUCUUUUUUGACUGGAUAUUGUUAUCAAACUGAGAGAUUUUGAACCUAAGCUGAAGCUAUUUGUAUCAUUAGGUUCUUACAUAAGCUUAUAAGGAAGUAGUGUAAUAUGUAGAACAGCUGGCUCAGUACCUAUAAAAUGUGAUUUAGCCAUUUAGGUAAGGGAAAGUUGGCAGCUGCUUUUGUAUGGAAUGGGUUAGGAAUUGAUAAAUACCAUUCUAGGCUUUAAAGAGAAUGUAUUAGAGCUAGUAGUAAACCUCAAACAGUGCAGAGAAAUAAGGAAUAAGAAGAGGAAUAAUGCUGAAAGAAGAUUUCCUUUGGAAUCAGAACCAGACUUAAGGUUGAUUGUAUCACACAAUCACAUGAUCCAUGCUGUACUGCUAGAUAUUCUCUUGUAAUAUUUCUAUAUCCAGAUAUUGAAAGUUAACAUUGAUAUAUACAUAUAGACUCCUAGCAUUCCUAGUUCAGUAAGUAGUACCACUUCUAGUCAAAUAUUUACUUUAAAAAAAUAAUUAAGUUGAAUUAGGAAAAUAACAGACUUGACUUAGAAAGCACCUAAAUUAUGAAUAAAAACUUAACAAAGUAAAGAAAGCCCCAAAACAAGACUCUCAAACUCAAAAUCUAAACCAGAAGAUUGUAAAAGUAUAUGACAUCUAAAAAAUUUACAAAACAAAAAUACAGUUCGAUUUUUCAACUUUUAUCUUAAAGAAACAAGAAUUUAAGAUUCAAAAGCAACUGAUGAAUCCUACUCAAGCUCAAAAUUAAGCUUCUAAUCAUUGGACAUGAGCAAAAUUAAACUUGGGAUGUUAGACCAGCCUUCGUACAUAAACACCUUUAGAUGCUAUUGCAGGCAUGCUCCAUCAUCUCUUGCAGCUUGGAGAAACUGACCCCAUGGAGUUAAAAGCAUGCAUUCUAUCUUCAAGCUUUAGAUUAAGUCGCUACAACUCCUCCUGUCUGAUCCAAGGGCAUUUGGAAUACAAAAAUGACAAUCACUAUAGCAAAAGUCUUGUCUUGCAUAAAAUGUCUCUUGAAUCAGCUUCGUGUAGCUCUGGAAUAGUUUGCUUACACAACUUUAGAAUAAUUAUCCAUCAUGUAUUGCAAUAGGACCUGCUGUCUUAACUGUUGUAUCCCGCAAAUCUCUCAUUACAUACAUAAAGAACGAUUGUUCUGUGCUGACUUUGCAGCUUCUUGAAGCCUGUACUUGAGCUUGCAAUAUAGUCAACAACAUACCUCUCUACCUAAGUACAUUUGGCUGCUUUAUUACACUCAUCUGAUUUAUGCUUCUAUGUGAAUGAGAUCUGUUCAGAAUGAACUCCAGGCAACAUGUUUUGGGCUGAGUUUCUUUUCUGGAUUAAGAUAUUAAAGUGCUUCAUUUU